CGCGCACCCUGCUCUAUGUCCGAGCAGGAACUUAACACAACUACGCGGUUACGUUACGAAAUGUGCAGGUUGUCGCGCGGGUAUGUUGCCGUGAUGUCGCUUCAAGAUGGUAACACCUAAUGGUGGCGGUUGAAUAUAAGCCUACCGUCUCCCGGGGGUAGGUAAGGUAAGGUUGUUACAGCAUCGGUUCUUCGCCCCUCCAUUCUCCAUACACCAUUAUAUAUCCGGCCAUGGAUGUCUUGUCUCUCUUCAACGUGCUCAGCAUUGUGGCUGGCACGGUCUUAGCAGCCAACUACCCGCCCAUCCCGUCGGACAAAACCACACCUGUCCAGCAGCGCAUUGCCAUCAAUGGCCCAAAUGCUAUGGCUAUCGGGUGGAACACCUACGAAAAGCUCGACCAGUCCUGCGUUCAAUACGGCACCAGCGAGGAUAGCCUCACUUCUCAGCAGUGCUCGUCAGACAGUGUAACAUACCACACGUCGCGAACUUACGGAAAUGCGGUCGUUCUCUCAGGCUUGGAGCCAGCGACGACCUACUAUUACAAGAUCGUUUCGACGAACUCCAGCGUUGACCACUUCCUAAGCCCGAGGUCCCCGGGUGACUCGACUCCGUUCAACAUGGACGUUGUUGUCGAUCUCGGUGUCUACGGUAAAGACGGUUUCACAACGACUAAGAGAGACACAAUCCCGAACAUACAGCCUGCACUACAACACACCACCAUUGGCAGCCUCGCGACGAACGUUAAUGACUACGAGCUCGUUAUUCACCCUGGCGACUUUGCCUACGCGGAUGACUGGUACUUGACUCUCGACAACCUGCUUGACGGCAAGGAUGCGUACCAAGCCAUUCUUGAGAAUUUCUAUGAUCAGCUUGCGCCCAUCGCGGGCAGGAAAGCCUACAUGGCAUCUCCUGGUAACCAUGAGGCGGACUGCACUGAGAUAGACUAUACAUCAGGUCUCUGUCCCGAAGGUCAAAGGAAUUUCACUGACUUCAUGACUCGCUUCGGCCAAACCAUGCCUACAGCCUUCGCUUCCAGCUCCAGCAACAGCACUGCACAGGCAGGCGCUUCAAAGGCGCAGAGCCUUGCCAAACCGCCGUUCUGGUUCUCCUUCGAAUACGGCAUGGUACAUGUCACGAUGAUUGAUACAGAGACUGACUUCCCAUCUGCUCCCGACGGUCCUGGCGGGUCCGCAGGCCUCGAUGGUGGACCCUUUGGAUUCACGAACCAGCAGCUCGAGUUCCUCGAUGCCGACUUGGCAAGCGUUGACCGUACCAAGACCCCAUGGCUUAUCGUAGCUGGUCACCGGCCUUGGUACAGCACUGGAGACAGCUCGAACAACUGCACAUCCUGUCAGGCGGCGUUCGAACCGUAUCUCUACAAAUACGGCGUCGAUCUUGCGGUCUUUGGCCACGUACACAACACCCAACGCUUUCAGCCCGUCCAUAAUAGCGUUGCGGAUCCCGCUGGCCUGAACAACCCGAAGGCGCCUAUGUAUAUCGUUGCCGGUGGCGCUGGCAACAUUGAAGGCCUUAGCUCAAUUGGCAGUGAACCGAGCUACACAGCGUUCGCAUACGCGGAUGACCUCAGCUAUGCGACUCUGCAGUUCAUGAACUCGAGCUAUAUGGGUGUGCAGUUCAUCCAGUCGUCUACCAACGCUGUUUUGGACUCGAGCGUACUGUACAAGAAGCAUGACACGGCAUUCGUUGUACAAUAGCUGUCGUCUGUUGGAUGUUUCUGUAGUCCGUUAGCGCAUCUCUCCGAGUCAAGUCGACUCCCCAACUGUCCCCCUUUGUCACACUCCCUCAGAAGACUCGGUGGUUUGGCAAUGAUAUCCAUGCAAGACUCGCACGCUUACCUGAACCCGUGAUUCAUCUCUGUUAACACCCCGCACUGAGUACAACACUGACGGUAGGCUUGCUAUCUUGGCGGUCGACCAAUCCCAACAUCGUCACCAUUGCC